CUCCGUUGCCCGCGUUGUGGUAUGGGUAUGGACAUGGAGGAUGACGACGAAGAAUCCGGAGGCCGAUGCAGUUAGAAAUCAAAUAAGACGAGCAACAACAGUUAAUCGACGAUUCCUGAAAGGCAAGCGGCACCACAACAAUACAGAGUACAGCUGACGAAAAGAACAACAGUAGGAAAAAGAUUUUGAGCAGAGGAUCAGGCAAAAGCCAGCCCGCGACCGCCAUGUGCAUAGCCGUGUUCCUGUGGCGAGCUCAUCCGCUCUAUCCCUUCCUCCUGUUGCUCAACCGAGACGAAUUCCAUAGCCGGCCGACGACGCCGCUGGGAUGGUGGAGGGACGGCGGCGGCGACGGAGCAAUUGAAUUUCUGGGUGGGCGAGACGAGAAGGCCGGCGGGACAUGGUUGGCCGCCACCAGAGAUGGCAGGAUUGCUUUCAUCACCAACGUUAGGGAGGUCUCUUCUCUCCCCGCCGCCGCCAACAGCCGAGGCCACCUCCCACUUCGCUUCUUACAGAGCCAGCAAACCCCAAUGGAGUUUGCUAGGGAGCUCGCGGAAGAGAUGGAUAGCUACAAUGGGUUUAACUUGGUAAUAGCUGAUGUUGGUUCCAACUCCAUGGUUUACAUCACCAACAGAGCCAAAUCAAACAGCGGCGAUGAUGCAAUCACAGAGGUUUCACCUGGUAUCCACGUCCUAUCCAAUGCUAGCCUCGAUUCUCCAUGGCCCAAGGCUCAAAGGCUUAGACAUAGCUUAAAGGAAUUCAUGGACAGACACGGCGAGCAAGAAGAAGUUCCGGCAAAAGAGAUGGCCGAAACACUGAUGACGAAUACAGUGAAGACAGAGGAUAAGACGUUGCUGCCUGGAGUCUACCCUCCUGAUUAUGAAUACCAAUUGAGUUCCAUUUUUGUCGACAUUCAUGCACCAUCCGGGCGAUAUGGGACUAGAAGCACAUCUGUUGUGUUGGUGAGAAGGGACGGCGAGGUGAAGUUCUAUGAGAGGUAUAUUGACAAGGAAGAGUGGAAGGAGCAUAGUGAGUGUUUCAGAUUAGUGCAGAAUGUAGAUGAGACUGAUAUGGGUCAGGACCCAGCAUUCUCUAGUCUUUAGUUUAUGACAAUGAAAGUAGCUUUCUGUUCAAUGGCGGACACACUGGAAUUUCCCUUGCAUUGCCAGAAUCUAUGUUGUACUCGGCAAAAUGUGAUUGCUUCUUUCCUAGGUGGAUUAGGGAACUUUGAGCCUUUCAUAAUAACAGAGAACUGAACGUGUUCUUCAAAGGGGUUCCGACUUCCGAGGCAGUUUUUAAGCUCUCUGUGCUUGCACUGUACUUCCUAAUUAAGGUCAAGGAUCUCAGUUUGUCUUAACCAAGAAUCCUGUUCGUUCUGG